CCGCCCGUCGCCCGACCGCGUCCUGCCCCGCCUUGCGGACAUACUGUACACAUCGUCGAAGCAAAUCUCCCGGAUUCAUACGCGAUGCCUCCGCCCGCUCCAGCAAUGGAACAACUCUCGCGCGGGUGGGUUCACCAUCUGCGCAAAACAGCCCGGCAGGAGACCGCUGCCAGAGGCUGCUGCCCACUCUGCGCGGCCGAGAUCCAGCCCGACCUCGACGCCUUCAAGGCCCAUGUCCGCGCAGACGUCUCCCGCCAUCCUGCCCUGGCCGACGACGCGGACAUUGAGGAGGCCUUCAAGCAUGUUACGAUACAAAAUCCCCGACUCGAAGUCGCAGCCCCGUCUUCGGAAGCCACUGGUGUCGGUAGACCAGCCAGGAAGCGUCCUGUUCCCAGUGCUUGGGCUGCCGUGAACGAUGAUGGACUGCAGCGGCCGGAGGACGACCCUGUGGACGAGGACCAACGCGAGGGGAACCAGCGUCGCAGCAAGAAGCUCUGCUCGCCGCCCGCCUCGGUGGCCCAGCAGCGUCGUUCCUCACCACCCACCCCAGGCCGCAGCCGCGCGAGACCGAGCGUCGCCAGUGACUUCGAGCGUGGCCUUGCAUCUAAGAACCGGCCAACCGCUCGCCAACUCUGGAAUCCAGACGACGACGCGCAGCAAAGGACGUCACGACCGAGACACUCGCAGCUCGCCAGCUCCAACCAUGCCCAUCGGACCCAACAAACGAGGACGCGACUUUCCACCCCCCGGAUCCGUGGCUCCCCCGUCGAGCCUUCUUCGGCAAUUGAGAUGAUAAGGCAGCCCGAGACGAGACCCAUCUCCCCAGAGCAGCUUGUCGCCGAGGUAAAGGGCAUCUACGCCGGUUUAGUCAUGAUCGAGAGCAAGUGCAUAGAGUACGAUCGCUCGCAGGAGACGAUGCAACUCAGCCAAGCUCAGUACCAAGCCAUUAUUUCGCUGCACCGAUCCCUUCUUCAUGAGCAUCACGACUUCUUCAGGGCUAGCCAGCAUCGGACCGCCUCUGAGACUCUACGGCGUCUCGCCUCGCAGUAUUCCGCGAACAAAGCGCGGGUAAACGCAUUGCAGCACCCAAAAACCCAAUUUGAAUGGCGCGUCGACGGCUGCAUCAACGGCACUCCCAUAUCUGCCCUAGUUGACACGGGCGCCAACUGUGUGGCGAUAUCAGAAGGGCGAGCGAGGCGUUUGGGUCUGACUCCAGAACCUGGGAGCGCAGGGAAGCCUAUAAAGCUUCCGUGCGGACAAAGUCGCGAAUCAUCUGGCGUCGUCCAGGUCAACUUCAACUACGCAGACGAGGAGGGAAGCGGGGUGUCGUACUCUCUACGGUGUGCCAUCAUGCCACGGCUCGAGCAUGAUCUCAUCCUCCCUUUCAAGUUUCUGAGCGAUACGGGGACAUUUUCACCACGGCAUAAAAGCCGCCUGAACGACGUGCCCAUCGGGCCGUUUGGCCAAGAGAGAGUCUCCCUCCGGCUAUUAGACGGUCACACUGCCUACGGGGGUGAGGAAAAGGCACGUCUAGCGGGGUUCGUUGGCGGCUUGCCGUGCGUGGCGGUUCCGGAUACGGGUUCUACCAUCAUGGCUAUGGCUGCUUCCUAUGCGGCAUACCGCGGUCUCGAUAUCGACCGGACACGGAGGAUCAAGGUCAGGUUCGCGGACGGAUCCGAGACCACAACCCUCGGCGUGGCGACGGCGUCUUGGGCCUUGCGAGAGGACGACGACUACCCGAUUAACUAUGAGUGGCAUGUUCUGGAGGGACUGAGCGUCAACGCCAUCUUAAGCAUCGACUACAUCAAAGAGCACGACAUCUUUGGCGGCGAGCACGAAGCCAGCUUCGUCGACGCUGACACGGCCGUCGAUUGGGAGCAUUCGGAAAUCUUUGGCAUCUGUCGGGUUGCCGAGGGCAGCGAGGAACUCGGCAGACUCGCCGACGACUUCUUCACUGACAUCAACUCCCCGGACGGCUUCACCUAUCCGCAGCGCGUCAAGGAGUACGCGCGGCGGGAGGAGAUCCGAGAUGCUAUCACCAGGCUCCCUGCAGCCGAGCGCGAGACAGCGCAGGCGGCUGAGAAGGAGAGACAGAGGUACUGGAACCACCGUCAGAGGAUUCAUAUUCUCGGCCUCAACAGACAAUUGGUGCAGCACGCCGAUGAUGAGCCACCACCGCCUGAUGCGGCAGCGGUGCAACUAUCGCCGCCAGGGCCCUCGGAUAAAAGACCAGGCAGGCGAUGGAAAGUUUGGCGUCGUGACAAAUGAGUAGCGGCUUGACAGAGUUUGGAGGCACGAGUUUUAUAAGCCCCCCUGCACGGCAGCUCUGAUGAAAGUUACGCGAGAAGGGGGAAACGCGAUUAAGAGGUGGAACGAAUUCAGUGAUAGUGCCACUCAGCGGCAGCACCUCCAGCAUUGACAGUCGAUAGUAGGGAGUAGGUAAGCAGUACGCAGCGUAGCAAGCUCCUGGUCCUGUUCACCUUGAGCUUCUCACCCGGGUGGCCUUCCACGGCCCCCCGUCUCUGUUGGACAGCCCUUUUUGGGAUGGCAUGCUGCCGAGCAUCGGCCGCCAUGAUUGCCCUACUAGUGAUGGUAACGUACUAACUUACUUGCAACUUUUCGUAUCCGGUCCUGUGAGGCGUGAGAUGCGCCUUGUAAUAAGAGACGCUAGAGAAGUAUCUGCCUGAAACUUCGGAGUACGCGAACCACGAAUUAACCUCUGCCUGCCAACAGCCCCUUUUAGCGACCCGUCAAAAUGUACGUACUCCGUAUAUAUACCGCACCCAAUUCCCUGCACAUGCAGUGUUGCGCGCCCGUGGAAUCAAAAAGGCAUGUCGUGAAACGCUGCCCGCAACCCCUCCCUGCAUAUACCAUCUCCUGCUGCCUGGUGCGGGCGCUACCGCGAUGCCAUCUUCUAGGGUCUUCGAGAAAAAUUACCAGGGGGUGGGGUUUGCUUUGGUUGCGCCCGUGGGGGGAGGAGGGGCCGUGGUGGAGACAUGGCCGCCCAACACUUACCG